AUGAGGUCAUUUGGAGAUGGGCUGAUGAAGUAUGGUGCACCAAAUAUGGGAAUAGGAGUUGUUGAUGUGAGAAACUUAGCAGUCGCGCAUUUAAAGGCUGCUCGACUACCCACUGCACUUGGCCGGUAUAUAAUUUCUGGUCACAAUACCUCAUUCUUAGACAUCGGAAAGCAGCUGCUACCUGAGUAUGAAUCUUAUCCUGUUCCUAUAAAUGCGUUACCCAAAGCUUUAAUUUGGCUAGUAGGUCCUCUUAUGAACAAGAAUCUUACAAGAAAAUUUGUUUGCAAUAAUGUGAACUACUUGGAAAGCAAAUAA